UACCCAGGUGCGCGCUGGCGGCGGCUCAGAGCGGGCGGUGGGCACCGGGCACUGGCACCGCAGCCUCCCGCCGCCGCUGCCCGCCCCUUAGCGGAGCAAGAGGAGGAAGAGGAAGGGCUCCAUCCCUACCCCGUUCUCUAAGGCACCGCCAGCCCGCCCGCGGGGGGAAGCAGCAGCCCAUGUGCCGCCCCCCGUAGCCCCCGGGGAGCGGCCGCCGGAACGUCUUCAGACACUAAUUUGCAGAAGAUUCUGGGACAUAGAGUUGCAGCUGAGAGUCUUCAGACAAUUUCUUGCCUUCUCUGAGCUCAGCAAAUUAUCCUUCACCUUCUGGAUGUCCAAUCCUUUCACCUUAACCGCUAAGCUUUACAUUUUCUGCCUGACAACAAAUCACCCUCUCGGUCUGCUGCCGUUUUAAGGGGCUGGGGAGCUGAACUCAGUAGGUGACCAGCAUGGCGAAGGUUAGAGUUGUCUUAACUGUUUGCCAGUUGGUGCUAGAAUUGUUAAUGAAUUCAUUAACUGAGUCUUCCAUACAGAGUAAUGAAUGUCCACAGCUUUGUGUAUGCGAAAUCAGGCCAUGGUUUACACCACAGUCAACAUACAGGGAAGCCACAACAGUUGACUGCAAUGACCUUCGAUUAACAAAAAUCCCCAGCAACCUUUCCAGUGACACUCAAGUCCUCCUGUUACAAAGCAACAAUAUUGCAAAGACCACAGACGAACUCCAACAGCUGUUUAAUUUAACAGAAUUGGAUUUUUCACAAAAUAACUUCACAAGUAUCAAAGAUGUGGGGCUCUCAAAUCUCACUCAACUUACUACUUUGCACCUGGAGGAAAACCAGAUCACAGAGAUGACUGACUACUGCUUGCAAGACCUUUGCAAUCUUCAGGAGCUAUAUAUAAAUCACAACCAGAUCAGCAGCAUUUCUGCAAAUGCCUUCUCUGGCCUGAAGAAUCUUUUGAGAUUACAUCUCAACUCCAACAAAUUGAAGGUUAUUGACAGCCGCUGGUUUGAUUCUACUCCUAACUUAGAGAUUCUCAUGAUCGGUGAAAAUCCAGUGAUUGGAAUACUAGAUAUGAAUUUCAAACCACUCUCAAAUUUAAGGAGCCUGGUUUUGGCAGGUAUGUAUCUCACAGACAUUCCUGGCAAUGCCUUGGUAGGCUUGGAUAGUCUUGAAAGUCUUUCCUUCUAUGACAACAAAUUGGUAAAAGUUCCUCAGCUUGCACUUGAGAAAGUUCCAAAUUUAAAAUUCCUGGAUCUGAACAAAAAUCCGAUUCAUAAAAUCCAAGAAGGUGAUUUUAAAAACAUGCUCAGAUUGAAAGAGCUUGGAAUCAAUAAUAUGGGAGAACUCGUUUCUGUUGAUAGGUAUGCGCUUGACAACCUGCCUGAACUUACAAAGCUUGAAGCCACCAACAACCCAAAGCUGUCUUACAUACAUCGCCUGGCCUUUCGCAACGUUCCUGCCCUGGAGAGCCUGAUGCUGAACAACAACGCCUUGAAUGCAGUCUACCAAAAGACAGUGGAAUCCCUUCCAAACCUGCGCGAGAUCAGUAUCCACAGUAACCCGCUCAGGUGCGACUGCGUCAUUCACUGGAUCAACUCCAACAAAACCAAUAUCCGUUUCAUGGAACCUCUCUCCAUGUUUUGCGCUAUGCCUCCAGAAUACAGAGGACAGCAGGUGAAGGAAGUGUUAAUACAGGACUCAAAUGAACAGUGUCUUCCAAUGAUCUCUCAUGAGACCUUUCCAAAUCACUUAAACUUGGACAUCGGCAUGACAGUGUUUUUAGAUUGUCGGGCCAUGGCUGAACCUGAGCCAGAAAUUUACUGGGUCACUCCUCUCGGCAAUAAAGUGACUGUCGAAAGUCUCUCUGACAAAUACAAGCUGAGUAGUGAAGGCACCUUGGAAAUCUCCAACAUCCAGGUUGAAGACUCCGGGAGAUACACCUGUGUUGCGCAAAACAUAGAAGGGGCUGACACGAGGGUCGCUACUAUCCGGGUGAACGGAACCCUUUUGGAUGGGACCCAGGUUCUGAAAAUCUAUGUUAAGCAAGCCGAAUCGCAUUCCAUCUUAGUUUCUUGGAAAGUUAAUUCCAACGUCAUGACUUCCAAUUUAAAAUGGUCAUCAGCCACUAUGAAGAUCGACAACCCUCACAUCACGUACACUGCUAGGGUCCCAGUUGACGUACAUGAAUACAACCUCACGCAUCUACAACCAUCUACGGAUUAUGAAGUGUGUCUAACCGUGUCAAACAUCCAUCAGCAAACACAGAAGUCCUGCGUCAAUGUUACAACAAAAACCGCAGCUUUUGCACUAGACAUUUCAGACCAAGAAACCAGCACUGCCCUCGCAGCGGUAAUGGGAUCCAUGUUUGCUGUCAUCAGCCUUGCCUCCAUUUCUGUUUAUAUUGCAAAAAGAUUUAAGAGAAAAAACUACCACCACUCAUUGAAAAAAUAUAUGCAAAAGACCUCAUCAAUCCCACUGAAUGAGCUCUACCCUCCACUUAUUAAUCUCUGGGAAGGUGACAGUGAAAAAGACAAGGAUGGUUCUGCAGAGACCAAGCCAACCCAAGUUGACACAUCCAGAAGCUAUUACAUGUGGUAACUCAGAGGAUAUUUUGCUUCUGGUAGUAAGGAGCACAAAGACUUUUUUGCUUUAUUCUGCAAAAACGAGAAGUUGAAGACUUUUGUAUUUUUGACUUUGCUAGUUUGUGGCAGAGCGGUGAGGACAGGUGGAUAUUUCAGAAUUUUUUAGUAUAGCGUAUCGCAAUUGUUUGACACAAAUGGCAGCUUCACCUAGCUUCCAAUUCUUUUUUUAUUUUCUUCUUUUUUUUUUUUUAGUUAUUGUGCUAAACUUAAUGCUGUUCUAACUACAGUGCUGAAUAAAAUUAAUGAGAGGCUGGGGUUGCCCUGUGAUUCAAAAGUAGCACAACCCCAUUCUUCUGAAGCCAUCAGUAGAGUACAGGAUCUUGCAAAGCUAACAUACAGUUUUGAAACUGCAUUGAACUAGGUUUGUAACACUGGUCUAAGGACUCAUACUCGGAGAAAAGGAGACCUUGAAUGAUGUUAGUUGACUGUACCGUAAUGUUGUAUCAACUGAUUUGAAUGUUUUUGACUUUGAACAAUGAGUUUUCUUUUUUUCUUUUUAUUUUUGUAGUAGUUGAAAAGGCUUAGGUAAAGCUAACAGGCAAUAGAAAUAUGUACAUCCAAUUUUUUAAUGUAACAGACUAAAUGUUAAUUGUUCUCUUAUUCUUUUUAUUAUAUUUAGUAGACACUUUUGGAGAAUACUAGAGUUUUGUUGUGUUUAAAUCACCAACACAUGGUGUAUAAGGCAGGCAGAGUUAUAAUAAAUUUAGUUUUGUUCUGAUUUUUUAUUUUAGAAGUUACAAUAAUGUACUGGGUUUAGAUGUCACUAGUUUGACUGGUGAUCAUGUUUUGACAUAAAAUAUAUCCAAAAUGUUAUAUAAAAAUAUUGUGGGGUUUUUUUUCUUGAUGGAAUUACGUUUCAACAAUGUUCCUUUUUUUUUUUUUUUCCUUUUGUAUGCAUUUAUUUUAAUAGCAGUGCUUUCUCUGCACUAGAUGUGAAAUACUGAAAAUCAUUUAAUCAGAAAAAUGUGUUGGUAUGGCUUUUGGACUACUUUUGGACUGUAAGUCACAUGCAGAAUCAAAACUGUUUGGCAUAAGGUACCCAGCAAAAAUAAUGCAGAGUGUGUAACAAAAACAUUUUCCUUUUUGUAUAUUUUCUGUUUAUAUUUUGAGCUAAGAUAUAAAUGAAGCUGACAUUUAGCUGUCAUUACGAUCAGUUAGGACAAAAAAAACCCCAACUCUGUGCUACCAAACUGAAAUAAAACAGUUGAACCCUGGCAUAUAAUUAAAAUAAAAAACAACAACAAAACAAAAUCCAAUCUAUUUGGAUUAACAUUCCUUCAAAAGCAGAAAUUAAGAUAGCUAAAACUAACAAGAAAGUAGUAUGUUUGGGUCCAGUACUGAACUGUAUUUUUCACAGGCUUAAAAUUAACCAGUACUCUUAAGUAUUUUACUGAAUUAAUCUGGUAAAAGUGCAAAACCUCAGCAAGCAAUGGUGUUUCUGUGUGUGCACUGGGUAUAAUAUAAAUGCAUAAUUUAUAGUUGAACCUACAGAAGCUUUGUACGUUGUCUUUUCUGAAUCCAUGGAAGUUCUCUGCAGGGACUGCACACGAGUCAUGAGCAGGGUGGGUUUCUGGUGAAGUACGUGGCAACACUUAUACUAGAUACCUAAUCAGUAAGCACAAAAUUUUCUACACUGUAUGACCAUUAUCAGUGUGCAAUUUUUAAAUGUUUUUACAUACCAAAUAUGUUCUUGGUAAGUAAAAGUUAAUUGUUAAAAUAAUGGAUGUGCCUGGGUUUUAGGGUUGUUUGAAGUUUUUUAACUCACUAGCUUCUCAACUAUAUCAAAGACACACACACACACCAGAAUUUACAGAUAGCUUCAAACUUCUUUUUCCCCUUCAACCAACUGUUUAAAAGUGAAAAAGUUAUCACCAUAGUUUCACUAAUAAGCUGCUUUGGUGUAAAAACUUCAGUACGUCUCUCGGAUACAUGCCUUGUUGAUCUUGCUUUUCAGCGUAAAGCUGAGUGAAGCUAUUAAUUGCGCGUUUAAAUCAAGCACUUAUGCAGCUAAAAGCCACCUUUUAUAUGUUCAUUGGAUCUCACACACUUUUAAUCGUGUGACGAUUUGAUGUUGGGAUUAGGCAAGUGUCUUGAUCGUGGAGAAGUAACAUGGUGGAAGCAUUUAUUGGUCACCUUCUCUGUAUUUGUUUUUAAUGUUAAUGGAAAAUUUCGUCUUGCCUUCUUCUCCAGAAGAGCUUCAGAGCAAUAAUUAUCAUCUCGUCUAUGUGCUAUUCUAACCUUAAAACUCCUUCUAUUAUUAUAGCAGGCAUGGUGAAUUAAAACUGAGAUCGCUUUUG